AUGAUAAUCCUAACCGGCACAACCGGCGGCCUCGGCGCCCCCCUACUCACCACUCUCCUCUCGAAAAACCUCCUCCCACCCUCAGAAAUCAUAAUCUCCUCCGCCAAUCCCUCCUCCCCCUCCCACGCCCUCGCCCGCAGCGCCGGGAUCGAAAUCCGCUACGGCGAUAUGACCAAGCCGGAGACGCUGCUGGAAUCCUACCGGGGCGCGGAAGUAUUGUACUUAACCUCCUAUCCUUCCACUGGAUUCGAGAGAUACAAGUACCAUAAAGCGUGUAUCGACGCCGCGAAGCAAGCGGGUGUGAAACAUAUUAUCUAUACGUCCCUGCUCUUCGGCGGUCUGGACGGCGAGGAAAGCCAUGCAAGCGUUAUGCAGGCGCAUAUUAGCACCGUGGCGUAUUUGAAGGCUAGUGGGUUGACGUGGACGGUGGUUAGGGAGGCGACGUAUGCGCAUUUGUGGAAUAAUUUCGCGGGGUUUGUGAGGGUUGGGGAUGAGGGGGUUAAUGAGGUGGUGGUUGCGGGGGAUGGGAGGGUUAGUUGGGCGGAUAGGAGGGAGUUGGGGGAGGGGACUGCUUUUGUUGUUGCGGGUUGGAGAAACUACAUCAACAAAUCCAUCGCCCUCACAGGCCCCGAACUCCUCACCGUCGAGGACAUCGUCAAUAAAUACACGAACUACACCAAUCGCCCUCCCAUCACCUUCCGCAAAGUCGGCGCGAAGCAGGCGAUCGAGUACCACGAGCAGCGAGGUUCUCUGCCUCCCGAGCAGGAGGGCUUUCUUCGCGACUGGACGACUUGGGGCGAGGCGCUGGAGAACGGAGAGAUGAACUUUUUGGAUCCGACGUUGGAGACGUUGUUGGGGAGGAAGGCGAAGACGAUUGAUCAGCUUGCGAGGGUGUUGUUUAGGGGGGAGACGAAUGGGUUGGAUACGAAGGAUUUUAAUUGA